UUGAAAAAAUGUAUCAUUGCUUCGAGAAUAAAAGUAACUUGCCAAAAAGGAUUCAUUCUUUCAAAUCCACAUGCAUACGGCCGGUACGAUGGAACUAACAACGGCUCGGAACUAACAUUGACUUGCACAAAUAGCACGUUGAUUGGCAUGGAGGGUAUAAUGUGUUUACGACAACACCAACUAGAAAACCGCAGUCACAAAGGUAAGCUUAACUGCACCGCACCUGAUUCGGAUGACGAUCAAUUAUAUAGCCUAUCUAGUGAGAAACUGGCGGCAGGAACGGUGAUAAAUCACGGAAAAGCAAUUAUUGCGGAAAUGAUGUGUGAAAAUGGAGACGAAGAGUUGGACGACCAUAUUGUGAAUUUUCAGCCAAACGAAGAUGGCAACCCUUCUCAAACAAAAGUUCAUGUGCAGCUGACAUGCACAAACGGUGUUAUUCCUGACUAUGAUACACUUUCUUGUUCGGCAGGGACAACCGACCCACAAGAUAUAAAUCCUAAUGAGUGCAAGAUUCUGCCAAAUGGCACGGUCACAGAUAGUGGUCAAUCAUUUGAGUGCAACCAUGGUUACGCAUACGCUGACAGCCUUUUGUACGAGAGAUACAGUUGUUCAUGUAACAGAGAGAUUCCUGCCUUUGUGUGCAGUGGAAAGCAGGCCCAGAGCAAACCAAUUAACUGUAAAUUAAACGGUUCGAUUGAGCACGGGUUGACUGUAAUGUAUAAAGGAUUGAUUAUCAGUGCCACUGCAAUAGAAGCGAUAGUUCACGGAGAAUCAGCCGUAUUUAACUGUGAAAGUGGCGGAAACGGUGAAACAUACGAACCAAAAUUUCGGAUUUUUAUAUGCGACAUGGGCAACUGGGUAGUAGAAAACGGAUCAGGCGAAUCAUGGUCGCUAGGCAACAAUGGAUCGUUUCCCGAAUGUCGACCAGCAAAGUGUGAGUGUCAGAACGGAGGAAUAUGUAUUCGAGAUGAGACGUGUACAUGUCCAAUAUUCUCAACUGGACAGCAGUGUGAAACACCUCUUUGUCCUGAUGGAUGUCAAAACGGUGGGACAUGUACCUCGCCAAACAAGUGUAGCCGUCCGGAUGGAUUUUCUGGCAAUCGUUGCCAAACAGAGGAGGGAUGUCAGGCUCCGAUUGAUAAAGGAAAUGAUGCGUUUUACCGAAAUGGAGCCAUAUACACUGUUACUCGUGAAAGCUGCUCUGGUGGAAAUGUACCCAGUUUUAAAGGACAGAUUACUUGUACAAUAUACCGUAUACGCGUAAAAACAGCUGAUUAUUGGGGACCAGGUGAGUGCACAGAAGGUGAGGUGUACUUAUACAUGUAUGGUUCCAAAGGGGACAGCGGCAAAAUCAUAGUACAUGGUACGUUUGAGCCUGGUGAUGAAGAUCAUACGAUGGGCCAUUUUGUUGACGUCAGAAAGAUCUCCAAAAUCCAACUUGGUGUAAAGGCCAGAUCACUUGCAGGAGAUGGUUGGAUACCGGAAUCCGUACUAAUAAUAGAUGUAUCAAGAAAAGAGUAUUACAAAUUUAUACACGGUGCGGAAAUCGACGACACAAGCAUCUUUCUUUAUCCACUCGCCUCCUGCUAUCCUUCUAAAAACUUAAGAGGUGUAUUCCCUAUUUACUUCGUUGGAGAUGAGCUGCACCUAAAACCAUCAAACUGUGCGGAAGGAUACGAACCUCAACCAUCAUUCACGAAAUGCACACAAAGGGGGUGGACGGCUGAUGUUGUUUGCUUGUCAUAAACCUAUUUUUUUUUUGGAUAACUUUACUGCAAUAAUUGAAUCAUUUAAGUAUGGUUAUCAUACCUUUAAUACAGGAAUCAAUAUAUAAAUCUAUUGUGCAAAAUUGAAAACAAAAUAAUGUAAAAUUGGUUCAAAGCAUAUAUGACUGUUUGGAAAAAUGUGUCCAUUAUCCUUAGUGCAAACAUGUGUAUUUUAUGGCAAUGCACAACUUGUGCAAACUAUUAAAAAAGUGUAUCAAACGGUUAAUAGGAACGGGGAUGACCAGCCGAUAACAUUUGUAUACACUAAAAGAAACAUACGAUGAAACAUGAAAACAACAGAAACUGUGGCGCAAUAGUUACUGUACGUGUAUCUUGUAUGUGUAUAUAGAGCAGUAUUUUCGUCGUGAAAAACACUUGUUAGUGUGAAUCAUUGUUUAAUACAAAUACGAACAGUGCUUUU